GCGAGAAAUUCUGGGUAAAACGAAAGAUAUUCUCAAGGCUCUUGAAGCUCCUGAACAGAGUUUGGUCGAGGCUCAGAAGCAAAUGGAGAGCUUGCGUCUUCGAAGAGCCACACUCGAUCGACGCGCUAGCAUCGGAAUCAGGGAUAUUGACACGAUCGAACGGGAGCGACAGAAUUGCAAUAUGGAGCGUUCCCUGAUUGAACGUCAAACACAACUUUUGAAGAAGAAAAUUCGGGAUGCUCGGAAGGAGCGGGGAGAGCUUGAGAAAAAGUGAAAGAUGUGUAACUUGCUUGAGAACGCGGUGUUUGUGUUGCAACUGAGUGUUGGGGACAAAAAUGAAAAUCGAAUCAUUUCAUUCCCUAACGGAGACGACAGUGCAGGAGUGUUCCCCGCUUUGAAAGCUAAAGUUUUGACCUGGGCUCCGGGUUUGACUGAGAAUGACUUCAAUAUCGCGUGGAAAGAUGAAGAUGGAGACAUCAUAGUUAUCGGCUCAGCUGACGAGUUCAAGUCUGUGCUGGAUUUGAUACCGCAAUCGGCGGAUUUACGGCCUCGGAAAGUGAAACUCCUGGUAUUGCCGGUGGAGACCGAAAAGAAGAAAUGCAGCGCGGAAACCGUUGUGGAAAACCGAGAGGAGUGCAUUGGAGAAGAGCACAUGAAUGUCAUUUGUGAUGGGUGUAACCAACGUGUUCGUGGUUUCCGCUACAAGUGCCUCGUGUGUCCGGACUACGAUUUGUGCCAGAAAUGCGAGGCUAGUGGAAAGAUACACGCUGCGCAUCAAAUGCUACGUGCU